CGGUGGUGGGAGCGUGGAUAGGCUCACAGAACUAGGGGUCUCAGGAAGGAGGUAAUUCUCAAUCGCCAUUGGUCAGAGAUCUUUAGGGACUUGAGGAGAGGUCGGCCGUUUGAGUACUUCGCUACCUCAUGUGUUUUAUGAAAAAAGAUAACGUUACACGUUACAUGUAAUCAAACUACUUUUAAUACAGAGCAGUUCAAUUUGAGUUGAGCAAGAAGCGCGCAGUUUUGAAUAUACAGAAUUCUACUGUUAAGAUGAGCAGCCCGUCAAAUGUAUUCGAUAACUGGCACUAUAAACAUCACUUUGUGUUCGUUAAAGACGAGGGGAAGAACAUCUGCGUCCAGUGUAAUUUAUGCAAGCCAAAAAUCAAUCAUUUGUCUCUGUCGAAGAUGUCAACAUCAAAUCUAUUAAAACAUUUAAGGAGAAAACAUGCAGACCGUUUCGACCAGAUAAAUUCGAAGCGUCCCAAAAAAGGUGAAUCAUCAAAAGUGAACAGCCUUGUUUUGAACUUUAUCCUGGAAGAAGUCCAAUCAGUUUCUUUCCUGGAGCAACCUAGUUUCAGAAAAUUAGUUGAGGGCUUGAGUGGAAGACCAUUGGACAUGGACCGAGCUACACUGAUUGCUGAAGUUGAGAAGGCGUUCUCAAUCAUGAAGGCCAGACUAGUGGGGAAGUUGAACACAGUUCAGUCUGUGUGCACCACAGCAGAUAUCUGGACCGCCAACAACAGGAGCUACUUUUGGAUGACCUGUCACUGGAUCGAUGAGAGUGAGCUGGUAAGGAAGUCCGCUGCACUGGCCUGCACCCGGCUCCGGGGCAUUCACACGUACGACUCAAUCUCGGCCAUGAUCCACGAGAUUCACUCAUCCUACAACAUAGAGAAUAAAGUGGGGACUAUUGUCAGGGAUAACGGCAGCCACCUUGUGAAAGCCUUCAAAGACUUCCCUGUUGAUGGCUAUAAUGAAGACAAUGGCGACAUGGGCAUAUUUGAGGAUGUUGGUACAAUCCUGAAGGGCAGAUGUGAAGAGGAUGUUCCUUCGUUCCUGCCGUCAUUCCAGAAAUGCGUGUGCCACCUUAUGAGCCUGAUAGUCACUGAGGACUUGCUGCUAGCUGUGUCUCAGAGUGAGAGCAGCCAAGUAUACUACAGCACCAUGGCUAAGUGUUCUGUUUUAUGGAACAAGGCCCACCAUUCUCAACUGGCUCUUGAUGCAAUACAGGACAUGGGUAACAUGUCUUCGAUUGUUCCCUCAGUGUUUCGAUGGAGUUUGGAGUACAGCGUCAUGCAGAAGAUCGCGUCUCUGACAGAGAGCCAACUCAGUGACGUAUGCACCCAGUUGGAGAUGUCUGAACUACAAGCUUUAGAGUUGGCCUUCUUAAAAGAGUAUGUGGAGGUUUUUAAACCUCUAGCAUUCACACUGGACCUUCUCCAGGAGGAGCAACAUAGUUUUUUUGGACUGGUCAUCCCUACACUACUGACACUGAAAACAAAACUAACAAACAAGAAAGCUUGCUCACGUUUUCUCCCAGAUGUAAUUAGUGCUAUUCUUGAUGCGGUAGACACCAGCUUUCAGCAGCUGUUUGUCUGUCCCGAGGCGAAGCUGGCAACAGCCACCACUCCCCAGUUUCGCCUGUGGUGGUUGCCAGAGGCAGAGAGAGAUGACAUGGUGAAGCUGCUGGUGGCUGAGAUAGCUCACUUAGCCAUCAAACAGGAAUUCUUAGAAGAAUUUGCUCCGAUAGAUUCAAUGGGCUGUCAGCCGAUAGAAUCUGAGGAAUUCUUCUGUUACGGUCCAGGAAGCGAAAGCCUUGACGAUCCAAUGGCAGAGGUAAAAAAGUAUCUAGAAGGAAGCAACAAGAGCCUUGGUUGUCUGAAUGAGUUUCCGAGGGUUAGAAAGCUGUUCCUCAAGUACAACACCACCCUGACCUCCAGUACCGCUGUGCUGCGGCUAUUGAGUCACAAAGGAAAGCUCACCCUCCAAAGCAACUGUCAGACUGAUGAAUAUUUUCAGAGGGUUGUAACGUUACAGUACAAUCUCAAGAACGGCCUUUGAACUAUUGGCUUAAGAGAAAGGAGAGGCCAUCCUGCAGUUUGUAUAGUUUAGCUGCCACUACUUUUGACUAGAUUUUCUAGCAAUAUUUUUUACGUUCAAGUAUAGGAAACAUUUGCCAUUUUAUUUCUGUCCAUGUCAUUUCACUAUAAAUAAAAAGUGGGCAUUCUUCAGUUUAUCUACUUUCUCCACAAAACAGUGGAGCUGCUGAGCUUAUUCAUUUUAUCUUAGUUUAUUCUGUUGAAUAUUUGUACUUUGUGUUGUUUUAAAAUAAUGUAUACCUAUGUAGACCUAAUUCAUACAAAGUAGUAUAAAUCUUUAUACAAAAUAUAUUGUUCGAGACUCAAUCUUUCCAGAUUUUUUUUCCCCUGUAUAAUUUAAAAAAUGCAUCUCUGUGUGUGUGUGCUUACAUUUAAGCAUUUAGCAGAAACUUUUAUCCAAAGCGACUACCAAAAGAGAGCUUUACAAAAGUGCAUAGGUCGCAUACCAUGCUGACAUCACCUCGCUGUAUAUUGUAGCCAUUCUAGCUACUGAUGGCAUGUUGAAACCUUUUAGACCGGCAGGUAGGCUGUGAUUAUCAGCAAUAA